AUACUAACUAGUUAGCUGUCUGUGUGGCGGUGGAUGGACGGUGUCGGUGUUGGUGAGCGGAGCUGUCCGAACUAACGCUCAUUUUCCAGUCUUCACCGAGUCCGGGCUGCGUGUGUCGGGAUCCUGCUGCCGUCCGCCUGCCGAGGAGAUGGGGGACAAGGCGGGCACCAGAGUUUUCAAGAAGUCAAGCCCCAACUGUAAAGUCACAGUUUACCUGGGAAAGAGAGACUUUGUGGAUCACCUGGACCAUGUGGAUCCAGUUGACGGCGUGAUCCUUGUCGACCCCGAGUAUCUGAAGGACAGGAAAGUCUUCGUCACUCUGACGUGUGCGUUUCGUUACGGGCGUGAAGACCUGGACGUUCUCGGUCUGUCGUUCAGGAAGGAUCUUUACAUCUCCACCUUCCAGGCCUUCCCUCCAGUUCCUGAGGAAAAGAAACCCAACAGUCGUCUUCAGGAGCGGCUGCUGAAGAAACUGGGUCAACAUGCUCACCCGUUCUACUUCACUAUUCCUCAGAACCUGCCCUGUUCAGUCACUUUACAGCCAGGCCCAGAGGACACUGGGAAGGCCUGCGGCGUCGACUUUGAGAUCAGAGCCUUCUGCGCCAAGUCGAUAGAAGAGAAGAUUCACAAGAGGAACUCGGUGCGUCUGGUGAUCAGGAAGGUUCAGUACGCUCCAGAGAAACCUGGUCCUCAGCCCAUGGUGGAGACGACUCGCAGUUUCCUCAUGUCAGACAGAUCUCUACACCUGGAGGCGUCUCUGGACAAAGAGCUGUAUUACCAUGGUGAGCCAAUCAGCGUCAACGUUCACGUCACCAACAACUCGACCAAGACCGUGAAGAGAGUGAAGAUCUCUGUGCGUCAGUAUGCAGACAUCUGUCUCUUCAGUACGGCGCAGUAUAAAUGUCCAGUUGCUCAACUUGAAGCAGACGACCAGGUGUCGUCCAGCUCCACCUUCUGUAAGGUUUACACUCUGACCCCGACGCUCGACAAGAACAGAGAGAAGAGAGGACUCGCUCUGGACGGAAAACUCAAACAUGAAGACACCAACCUGGCCUCGUCCACCAUUGUGAAGGACGUCACCAACAAAGAGGUUCUGGGAAUCCUGGUUUCCUACAGAGUCAAAGUGAAGCUGGUGGUCUCACGUGGCGGGCUGCUGCGAGGCAUGUUGGAGAGGGACGUGUCGGUGGAGCUGCCCUUCAUUUUAAUGCAUCCUAAACCCGUGGAGCUGCCACUGUCCCGCCCACAGUCUGCUGUGCCAGAGAUGGACCCGCCCAUCGACACCAACUUGAUAGAAUUCGACACAAACAGCAUCUCCCAGGACGACGACUUCGUCUUCGAGGACUUCGCCCGCCUGCGACUCAAAGGCGUCAUGGACGACAAGGACGAGGACUGCUAGGAGCUCGCCGACCCCUCACAUGCUCGCUUCACACACACAAACACACACACAAACACACACACACACACACUGUUCACGUUACAUUCCCCACUGGAUGGGACGGAGGGCGUGUUUGAACGGAGGCCUCGGGGGCUCGGUGGUGUUCUUCCUCUCUUGCUUCUGCCAUUCGUCACGCCGCCGCCAUUUUCCCGCCGCCGUCUUCUCCCUCCAUUUCCUCCGACCCCUCCCUCUUUACUGAAGGUUAAACUGUAGACGUGACGCAGCCGCGGGGUCUGCGCCAAAGCCU